CUCCCCUCGCUCCUUAAACGGGAUUCCGGCUGGGCGAGCCGCGGGACGGCAUCACCGGGCAUCCCGCGGCUGCGGAGCCCCGGCGGAUCUGUCAGGUCCCUGCUGUCCCUCCCCGCACACACACACGCUCAGCCCGACCCGGGAAGCAGGAAAAAUAAUUUACGAGGUUUCCCCCUUUUUCUUUAGCUCCUCGCCCCGUAGCUCCCUAGUGGAAAAAUAGCCCCUGGGGCCAAGUGGGGGUGGUAGUAAAAAACGGGUGGUGAAGGGGGAGAGCCGCUCCGUGGGGAGGGCACCCCCCAAAGCAGCGGGCAGCCCCCAUCCGCCCCCGGGGGGGGUGGGUGGGAUGAGGUAGAGGCCGGCGGCGGAGCGCCCCGCCGGGCGCCGUGGCCGCGGAGGGCAUGAGGCGGCGAGCGGCGGGGAUGGGCGCCAGCGCACGGUGCUAGAGCCCCGGCAGCAGCCAAGGUCUGAGAGGACAGUAGCCUGUAUGACACGGAGGGAUCUGGUUUUCAAAAUGGAAUUGCAGCUUGCGCUCCUUUUCGCAGGGAUAAUUGCAUUUUCGGACUCGGCGAGAGGUCCCCCAAGAAUUGCCGAUAAAGUGAUUCACCGUCAGUCCGUGAGGCUAGGGAGGACCAUCAAGCUCCUGUGCCCAGUGGAGGGCGACCCCCCACCUCUCACCAUGUGGAUGAAGGAUGGACGCACUAUCCACAGCGGCUGGACGAGGUUCCGAAUCCUUCAGCAGGGGCUGAAAAUCAAGGAGGUGGAAAGCGAAGACGCGGGAACCUACAUUUGCAAAGCCACCAAUGGGUUUGGCAGCACCAACGUGAACUACACCCUCAUCGUGAUUGAUGACACCAGCUCAGGAAAGGAUAGCCAGGUACCUGAAGGCUCCAAUGGAGAAUAUGAAGAUCAUACUGGGAAGCAAUGGGCCCGACCCAGGUUCACACAGCCUGCCAAGAUGAGACGGAGAGUGAUCGCCCGUCCUGUCGGCAGCUCCAUCCGCCUGAAGUGUGUGGCCAGCGGGAACCCACGGCCUGACAUCAUGUGGCUGAAGGACAAUAAGCCCCUCACACCCCAAGAGAUUGGGGAGAACAAGAAGAAGAAGUGGACGCUGAACCUGAAGAACCUGAAGCCAGAGGACAGUGGGAAAUACACCUGCCGAGUGUUUAACAAAGUUGGAGAAAUCAAUGCAACAUACAAAGUUGAAGUAAUCCAGAGGACAAGGUCCAAGCCCAUCCUGACAGGGACGCACCCCGUAAACACGACGGUAGACUACGGUGGGACCACAUCCUUCCAGUGCAAAGUCCGCAGCGAUGUCAAACCCGUCAUCCAGUGGCUGAAAAGGGUGGAGUACGGCACAGAGAGCAAGUACAAUUCAACUAUCGACGUUGGGGGACAGAAGUUCGUUGUGCUGCCCACGGGGGAGGUCUGGUCCCGUCCCGAUGGUUCCUACCUGAACAAACUGAUGAUUACUCGAGCCAAGGAAGAGGAUGCAGGGAUGUACAUUUGCCUAGGGGCAAACACCAUGGGCUACAGCUUUCGCAGUGCUUUUCUCACCGUUCUGCCAGAUCCCAAGCCUCCAAGUGCACCUGUGCCCCCUUCCUCGACCAGCAGCCUGCCCUGGCCCGUGAUCAUUGGCAUCCCCGCCGGAGCCGUCUUCAUCUUUGGAACGAUCCUCUUGUGGCUUUGCCAGACCAAGAAGAAACCCUGCUCCCCACCAGCUGCUGCCCCCGUGCACCGGCCGCAGCCCCGGGACAGAAUCUGUGUCUCCCAGGUCCCCGACAAAGACUGCAUCUCCUCCAUAAACUAUGAGGAAUAUGUCGCCCAGCAGCAGCAUUUACUGUCGCAAGGGCCUGCACUUGCCCCAGCCAUGGCAUCCAAAAUGUACCCAAAGAUUUACACGGACAUCCACACCCACACCCACUCGCACGUGGAAGGCAAAGUCCAUCAGCACCAGCACAUUCAGUACCAGUGCUAAGUGGGUGGCCGUGUACAGUAGCUCGUUUGGGCUUUUCCUCGUGGUACCUCAGAAGAGACUGCUCCAAGUCAGCUCACACUGCCAGCAAUAGGCAAAGCAGACAGAAAAGAUUAUAUAUAAUUUUAAAUAUAUAUAUACAUAUAUAUAUAAUUGUAUAUGCGUGUGUGUAUGUGUGUGUAUAUAUAUGUGUAUAUAUCUAUAUCUAUCUAUAUAAAUAUAUAUAUAAUAGAGAAAGACAGAGAGAGAAAAGAGAUUUUUUUUUUUAAUUAUUGCAAUCAGGAUGUAGCUGAGGAAUAAUGAAGGAACUCCGAAUCUCAGCAGAGAGGCAGCCAUCCCCAACAGCAGAGCCUUCCUGGAUUUUUUAAUCAAGGUGGCAACAAGUGAGACAGGACACAGGGACAUGAACCACCACCUCCUUCCUUGUGUUGCUAAAAGGAGCAGGAAGAGCAAGAGGCAACUGCAGCGCUUUUCCAGAUGGGCACUUCUGUUCCUGUGCCUGCUGCACAUCACUCGUUUUGGUGGGAAGCGCCCAAGCCUGUCCCACGUGGGAGCAUGCAGGAGAGCCUGUUCCCUCUGAGUGACUCGAGCUCUGAAGUACCUGAGUUUUAGUGCCAAAGCACCAGGAGACGUAACCAACUCAGCUCUUCCAGGGAAAAAAAAAAAGUAGUUCAAGAGGGCCUGGAAAAAUGAAUUUCUGUUCACAAUGUGAAAUGCUGAAUGCUUCUUAAUCACGGUAAUUUGGUCUGAAAGGCUAACUGAGCUGGUGUUUUUGAUUUCUGCAAGUUGAAGGCAUCGUGUUUCCCAUGGCGGAUUCUGCAGAUCAAACCACAAAUGCUCCGCUCCCUGGUCCUAGGACUCAGUGCCACUGCCAGGAAAAAGGAAAGAAGGAAAGAGGAACAUUGUACAGAACACCUUUAUAUUUAUAUUUAAGAAAUAAUAAUAAUUAAUAAUAAUAAUAAUUGAACUGCUGAUGGUGAAGAAAGCAAAACACACUGUCCUCUGAUGGCUCACAGUGACAAGCUACUGGAUUUUCUACAUCAAUGCAAAAUAUAUGAAAACAUUAGAAAAAAGAGUAAGAAACAAAGAGAAUGAAAUAAUAAUCUUGUAGGAAAAAAUGCAUUUGAGAAAUAUUCACCUAGGUUGUGUGUGGUUGUCCCCUCCCCUCAGAUAACAUUUUGGAAAUGAUACAACUUCAUUGCAGUUCAAACAACAGUAAGAAGAUGAAAUAAAGAAGGACCAUAUUAAAUACCUAUAUGGACUGGAAAUUAGUCCAAUUGCAAAUAUAAAACCUUUGUAAUUCUAUAUAGAGUUUAAACAGAAGUCAUGUAUAUUUAAUUUAUUUUGUUAAACAAGAAAAAAGUGUAUGAUAUUUUCCUCGAAACAGGCCUUUCUAUACGUAUUUUUGAUCAAAGAAAAUAAAGAUUUUUUUUCGGGUUCUAUAGAUGCGACGCUCAGAAUAUGCUCAAUGUAACAUGUGACCAACUGUACUUCUCCUAACCUGGAGGUCAUCUAUCUCUAUGCCUUUUCAUACUAGCCACAUAUAACCUUCUAACAUCAUCUCAGGUGCCGCUGGUGCCACCCUUUCCAUCAGAAACCGGCCUUUUCCGCUGUUUAUGCUUUGACUGUGAGGGUCUGCAGUGGCCACAUCACUUCUCAUGAACACCUUGUCAUCUUCAGCAGCAAAGAUCUCUGCUCACAGGGAAGCCAGUUUCACUAUGCAUGUUUUUUGGUGGGGGAAGGAGGUUGCAUUUGUUUUUUAAGGACAAACCUGCGGUGGGUUUCCUUUUUAAAAGAAAAUUUUGUAAAUCAAAACGUAAUAAUUGGUGAGCCUGUAAAAUGAACUUCACCCUCAGGGUGCUUGGGAGGGGAAAAUAUGAAAUGCAGGUGAAACACUUCAUUUGUAAAUGCAGCUGCUGAAGGAGCCAGCAGAGGGUGAGUUGGACGCAGUAGGAAUAGCACGCCGGGAGCUACUGCCCUCCAGGAGGGCUC